AUGGGCCGCGUCGAGCCUACGUGGGGCUGCUCGUGCUCGCCGGCGUGUACAGGUCCCAGGGAGAGGCCUGCGAGAGCCUGUGGGACGCCCAGAGCGGCAGGUCCGUGUUCAGAGCCACGAUGCCGCUCAAGACCUUUCGAGCCUACUCGAGCGCGCUGCGCUUCGACGACAGAGAGACCAGACGAGCCGGGCGAGGCGAGGGCGGCGGCGGCGUCAGCGAUAGCUACGACAAACUGGCCCCCCAUCAGAGCCGUGUGGGACGAGUGGUGCGCGAGGUUGCCCGCCAUGUACCGCCCGGGACGGGAGGUCACCGUCGAUGAGAGACUGGUGCCGUUCAGAGGAAGGUGUCCGUUCAGGCAGUACAUGCCCAGCAAACCGGCCAGGUACGAGAUCAAGAUAUGGGUGGCAUGUGACGCGCGUUCCAGCUACGCGUGGAAGAUGCAAGUGCUCUAUCGCGAGAGAGGCCACACCGUGCUGGGCACUCUGCGAUCGAACAGACCCGAGAUCCCCAGAGAGCUGUGCUGCGUCAAGGGCAGGGCCGUGGGCUCCGUCGAAUCCAAGAACAAGAACGUGCUGCUCCUCACCACCACUCCUCGCUACCACUACCACCACCACCACCACCGCCAUCGCUCCGGCCCCGAGCCCCGGCCUAGCCGCCGCAUCAGCAACAGCAUCAGCAAUGGCAGCAGCAGCAGCAGCAGCAGAAGCAGCGGCAGCAACAGAAGCAGCGCAAAACCGCCCUUGGUGCUGCAUUACAACCGAACCAAAGGAGGCGUCGACAACCUGGACAAGGUCGUGAGCACGUACAGCUGCAGGAGAAAGACCCGCAGGUGGCCCGUGGCCCUUUUCCACAACAUGGUCGACGUCGCGGCCUACAACGCGUUCGUGCUGUGGAGGGAAAUUCACCCCGACUGGAUGCCGGGCAAGCUCAACAAGCGAAGGCUCUUCCUCGAGCGACUGGGCAAAGCGCUCGCGCGCCCCAUGCUCGAAGCCAGGGUGAGCAAAGACGUCAAGACCAAGAUCCUGUGCCACGAGUGCCGAGUGCACAUGUGCACCAACUGCGCCGUCACGUACUGUCCCAACUGCGCCGCUUCUUCCCGCACUGCCGCUCCCCAGACGCCACCAACGGCGUAA